UCCCGCGGGAACUCAUCAAAGAACGUUUGACUGGCAGCCGCACGCAUUACGUCAUUGGUGAAAGGCGUUUUCUGGGUCCUAGUGCCCUACAAGUUAAAACUCCCGGUUACACUAAAAAUGCGGCAGCUUGUAUGACGUCAUUUUUCCUCACAAGACCUGCAGUCACAUGACGCCAUAUGUCCUCACAAGUAGGCACAUGAUGUCAAAUGAUGUAAUUUGGCCCCAUAUGUCGCUGCUUCGAAAAUCCUUGAAGAGACCCACUUUGCAACAUUCUUGAGAUUGCUUCUCUAGCAACCCAAGACCGCAAAAACCAAAAGACCCAAGAUCCAAAAACCAAAUGACCCAAGACCUUAAAAACCAACAACCCAACAACCCAACAACCCAAAAACCCAGCAACCCAAAAAUGACUGGACAUCCCAACAAGCUUUUCGUGGGCGGACUCAGUGCAAACACAGACGACGACGGCCUGCGCCAGCACUUCGAGCGCUUUGGCGAACUUAUAGACCACGUCGUCAUCAAACACAAGGUCCAGAGCAGAUCUCGCUGCUUUGGCUUUGUGACCUACGCCAAACCGGAGCAGGCCGACGCAGCCAUGGCUGCAAGACCACACACAGUAGACGGGACCGCAGUGGAAGUUAAACGAGCUGUUGCAAAAGAAAAAUCUAAAGAGCCCGAAUCUUUUGCCCGUGCCAUGGAGAAGAAAAUCUUUGUUGGUGGCUUGAAGAACGACAUCUUCGAGUUCCAACUCACUGAAUACUUCUCUCAGUAUGGUCAAGUCGAGAAGUCUGAAAUCAUGGUGGAUUUGGAGACCCGACAGAACCGGGGAUUUGGCUUUGUGCACUUCACAAAUGCCUCAGCAGCAGACAGAGCUGCGCUUGUGAAGUUCCACACAGUCAAUGGACACCAAGUUGAAGUAAAGAAAGCUUUGACUAAGCAAGAGAUAAAGGGAGAAGGUGGAACAACCCAGAAAGUCAUAGGGGGAAACCAAAAUGGCAACACUGGCAGAGAUUAUCCCCAAAAUAACACUAACAGGGCAUACGGCGGCUCACAUGGAGCCGGGUAUUCCCACCAGGGAAACCAUGACUCUGGAAAUGGAUUUAAUGAUAACAAGGGAUACGGCGGCUCACACACAGUCAACGUGAACACGACGAAAGUUAAACAGGCUUAUGAAAAACCGCAAUGUAAUAAGCCUGAACCUCUUGCCAAUGCUAUGGGGAGGAAAAUAUUUGUUGGUGGCUUGAAGAACGACAUCUUCGAGCUCCACCUCACCCAAUAUUUCUCUCAGUAUGGUCAAGUCCAGAAGUCUGAAAUCAUGGUAGACAUGGUGACCGGCAGAAACCGAGGAUUUGGCUUUGUGCACUUCACAGAUCCCUCAGCAGCAGACAAAGCUGCACUUGUGAAGUUCCACAACGUCAAUGGACACAGAGUUGAAGUGAAGAAAGCUUUGACUAAGCAAGAGAUGCAGGGAGAAGAUGCAACAACACCAAGAGUCAUGGGGGGAAAUCAAAAUGGUUACGGCGGCUCUCACGAAGCCGGGUAUUACGACCAGGGAAGCUCUUAUGGCGGAUACUAUAGUUAUGGAAAUGACGCCAGAUUUUAUGAUAACGGGGGAUACAGCGGCACAUACUCAUGUGGCCAUUGUGGUCAUGAAAAUCUUCCUGGAGGCUGGAAUGUCUACAAUGGCUACGGACAGUGCUACUCUGGCUAUGGCCCAAACAAUGGUUAUUUCAGCGGCCAGAGCACUGCUCCUUACACCGGGGGCUGGUAGACCCUCGGGACCCUUCUGUUAUGAACCCACACAAGGAGAGUGUG